UCAGAGCUCGGUAACUGCCGGUUGGAGACGCCGACCCGCAGCGGAGAAACCCCGGCGGCGGUGCGGCGGAGUCGCAACCCCAGGAGCCACAGCCCAACAGAGGACGCGGCCCCCACCCAGGAGCUUUCGGCACCAGCAUCCCGACGACUCGGCGGCGGGAUGUCUGUGGUUGGCAUUGACCUCGGCUUUCUCAACUGCUACAUCGCAGUAGCGAGGAGCGGCGGCAUCGAGACCAUCGCCAACGAGUACAGCGACAGGUGUACCCCGGCCUGUAUAUCUUUGGGAUCAAGAACUAGAGCCAUUGGAAAUGCAGCUAAGAGCCAGAUAGUCACAAAUGUAAGAAAUACAAUUCAUGGCUUCAAAAAGCUUCACGGACGAUCAUUUGAUGAUCCUAUUGUGCAAACUGAAAGGAUCAGGAUUCCCUAUGAGCUGCAGAAAAUGCCCAAUGGAAGUGCAGGAAUUAAGGUGCGGUACCUAGAAGAAGAGAGACCUUUUGCUAUUGAGCAAGUUACUGGAAUGCUGUUGGCUAAGCUUAAAGAGACUUCAGAAAAUGCUUUAAAGAAACCAGUAGCUGACUGUGUGAUUUCAAUUCCUAGCUUUUUCACUGAUGCUGAGAGAAGAUCUGUGAUGGCUGCAGCCCAGGUCGCUGGUUUAAAUUGUUUAAGAUUGAUGAAUGAAACUACUGCAGUUGCACUAGCAUAUGGAAUUUAUAAACAGGAUCUUCCCUCAUUAGAUGAGAAACCAAGAAAUGUAGUAUUUAUUGAUAUGGGACAUUCUGCCUACCAAGUCUCACUUUGUGCUUUUAACAAAGGAAAACUUAAAGUCUUGGCUACUACCUUUGAUCCAUAUUUGGGUGGCAGGAACUUUGAUGAGGCUUUAGUAGACUACUUCUGUGAUGAGUUCAAGACCAAAUAUAAGAUAAAUGUGAAAGAAAAUGCUCGAGCCUUGUUGCGUUUAUAUCAGGAAUGUGAAAAACUAAAGAAGCUAAUGAGUGCAAAUGCGUCAGAUCUUCCACUGAACAUCGAGUGUUUCAUGAAUGAUCUUGAUGUUUCUAGUAAAAUGAACAGGGCUCAAUUUGAACAAUUAUGUGUUUCCCUCUUUGCCAGAGUUGAACCACCAUUAAAAGCAGUACUGGAACAAGCUAACUUACAGCGUGAAGACAUAAGUAGUAUAGAAAUUGUAGGAGGAGCAACUCGAAUUCCUGCAGUAAAGGAACAAAUCACUAAAUUCUUUCUUAAAGACAUAAGUACCACAUUAAAUGCUGAUGAAGCUGUUGCAAGAGGAUGUGCAUUACAGUGUGCGAUUCUCUCACCAGCAUUUAAAGUGCGUGAGUUUUCCAUAACAGACAUUGUUCCCUACUCAAUCACAUUACGAUGGAAGACCUCUUUUGAAGAUGGAACUGGGUCUGGGGAAUGUGAAGUAUUCUGUAAGAACCAUCCUGCUCCAUUCUCAAAGGUCAUUACAUUCCACAAGAAGGAACCAUUUGAGCUAGAAGCAUUUUAUACUAAUUUACAUGAAGUGCCUUAUCCUGAUCCAAGGAUUGGGAGCUUCACUAUUCAGAAUGUUUUUCCACAGUCUGAUGGUGAUAGUUCUAAAGUGAAGGUUAAAGUUCGCAUUAACAUCCAUGGAAUCUUCAGUGUGGCUAGUGCAUCAGUAGUUGAGAAGCAAAAUAUAGAAGGGGAUCACAGCGAUGUUCCUAUGGAGACAGAAACGUCAUUUAAGGAUGAUAGCAAAGAUGAUGUGGAUAAAAUGCAGGUUGACCAAGAAGAAGGUCAUCCAAAAUGUCAUGCUGAGCACACCCCUGAAGAGGAAAUUGAUCACACAGGAGCCAAAACAAAGACAGCUCCCUCAGACAAACAAGACCGAUUAAACCAGACCAUUAAAAAAGGAAGAGUCAAGAGUAUUGAUCUACCUAUCCAGAGUAGCCUGUGUAGACAAUUGGGCCAAGAUCUUCUCAAUAGCUACAUUGAAAAUGAGGGGAAAAUGAUAAUGCAAGAUAAAUUGGAGAAAGAGAGAAAUGAUGCUAAGAAUGCUGUUGAAGAAUAUGUAUAUGAUUUUAGAGACAAGCUGGGCACUGUCUAUGAAAAGUUCAUCACUCAAGAAGACUUGAAUAAACUGUCUGCAGUAUUGGAAGAGACAGAAAAUUGGCUUUAUGAAGAAGGAGAGGACCAACCUAAACAAGUUUAUGUGGAUAGGCUUCAAGAACUAAAGAAAUAUGGCCAGCCUAUUCAAAUGAGAUACAUGGAACAUGAAGAGAGACCAAAAGCUUUAACCGACUUGGGGAAAAAGAUACAACUUGUCAUGAAAGUGAUAGAAGCAUACAGAAACAAGGUAUUGAAUUCAUGCAGGAUGAAACAUGGUUUUGGAGACAGGGGUUUGAAUUUCAGCUUCUUAGAAAUGGAAAAAGUUGAAAAAUAUAUCAAUGAAGCCAUGAGUUGGCUGAACAGUAAGAUGAAUGCACAGAAUAAACUAAGUCUCACUCAAGAUCCUGUGGUGAAAGUUUCAGAAAUAGUUGCAAAGUCAAAGGAACUGGAUAAUUUCUGUAACCCCAUCAUUUACAAACCCAAACCAAAAGUAGAGGUUGCAGAAGACAAUGCAAAAGCUAAUAGCGAACACAACGGACAGAUGGAUGGACAGAGUGGGACUGAAACUAAACCAGAUACAACAAAAGACAGCUCACAGCAUACUAAAUCUUCUGGAGAGAUGGAAGUGGACUAAGUCUUAAAUUUACCUUCACAUAAUUCAAACAGUGCAAGUAACCAUGGGAUCCAUUCUUCUUUUACAUCUGAUACACACAACAGAUGUUCAGUUGUUCUUGACCACUUUUUGUCAUUUGUUAUUUGGAGUAGUUUUGAAAAGUGUUUUAUAUUGAGUACACAUCUAUUAAUUUCCAUUGCUGCUUAUGUGAAGCUUUAGCUGAAUAUAGAUUUACAAGUCAGUUUAAGCUUUCCUAAUAUAUUUUAUAUCACAUGCAAGAUUGAUAUGUAGUUGGCCACAGUCUACCUUAUUUAAAGCUUCUACUUGGAUAAACUUCAGCUUCUUAUUCAGGAAAGUAUACUGUAUUGCACUAUUGUCGCAGAAGCAUAGGUAUAACUGAUCAUUAUUUUGAAAAACAAAUAUUGAAACUGAUGUGGUUUAAAGUCACUGGGGCACUGACUUUUUUCUAGUUAUUGUAUUGUUCUAACUUAAAUAUUAAAACAAAUAAGAGGUUCCUUGACAAAUUAGUCCAUCUCAUUGGUGUGUCAUGAGAACUCCAAAAGCUUUGCUUUCAUCACGUAAAUGAACCAAAUCACAUGUUGAAAGGGAAAACGCAUAAUUUUAUGUUAAGGUGACACCAGCAGUUUUCUUCCUUUAUUAGAAAUGUGGAUUGAUAUUUUCUUAGACUAAUUCAGUAUCAUUUUCACUUGAAACUUCUGAUCUACUUGUCCUGAAGAGCUGCUGCUGUACUAGCCUAAGGAAAGCUUUUUUAUGAAAAUAAGUAGAUGUGAAGUGGGAAAUGCUAUUGACCUACUCAGACAUGCAUCUGUGAUACUGAUAGCCUGUUUCAGUUUUGAUAGUUGUUUUAGUUUUAUGAAUUGAUUCUGUUAAUAUCUUAACACAGGGAAGGGGGAAAUGGCACAAUGUAUUGCAUUAUGUACACUUAUCACUGAAGUACUUAAUGUUAAGAUAUAGAAAAACACUAUUAAAUAAGUGGUAAUACUUAAAAAGAAUCAUUUAUACCCUAAGUCUUAGGAAAUAAUGCUUGUAAUGAACUUAACUAUGUUACAUAUCAACAGGCAAAAUAGAGAAUGUUACAGAGUUUAAUAUGAUGUGAUUAAAUUUUAAUUCCUACUAUA